AACCCUCCUGAUCCCCAGACAGAUCAGAGCAGAGGGAAACUUGCUGACGACGAUGAAGCCUUUUCUCCGGAGCCUCCUCUUCUGCACUUUGCUGCUGCUGUGUGAUGUUUCGCAGGCCACAUAUCACCUCAGAGCUGGAGAUCCUCAUGUUAUAACGGCACAAAGUUAUGCUCAGACCAGAAACAAUGGACGACCACCUUUCAGGACCCUGAAUCCAAUAAAGACAGACUCUCAGUGCAGGAGCCGUCCUCUGGACCUGGUCUUCAUCAUCGACAGCUCUCGCAGCGUGCGCCCCGCAGAGUUUGAGAAGGUCAAAAUAUUCCUGGCUAACAUGAUCGACACCCUCGACGUGGGCCCAGAUGCCACCAGAGUGGCUGUGGUCAACUACGCCAGCACGGUGAAGAUAGAGUUCCUGCUCAAAAACCACUUCAACAAGCUUGAGUUGAAAAAAUCCAUCGCACGAAUUGACCCUUUGGCAACUGGCACCAUGACCGGCCUCGCCAUCAAGACGGCGAUGAGCGAAGCCUUCACCGAGCAGUCCGGAGCUCGGCCGCGCUCCAGAAACAUCUCCAAGGUGGGCAUCAUUGUGACAGAUGGAAGACCUCAAGACCAGGUAGAAGAAGUGUCCGCUGAAGCCCGAGCCUCGGGCGUCGAGAUCUACGCUGUGGGCGUGGACCGCGCAGACAUGAAGUCCCUGCAGCUGAUGGCCAGCGUCCCUCUGGAGGACCACGUCUUCUACGUGGAGACCUACGGCGUCAUCGAGAAGCUCACCUCCAAGUUCAGGGAAACCCUGUGCGGUCUGGACCCCUGCGCCAUGGGACACAACUGUGAGCACAUUUGUGUCAACAGCAACGCCUCUUUUUACUGCAAGUGCCGGAGUGGUUACACGUUGAACGCGGACAAGAAAACUUGCUCUCCAAAACGUGAAGAGGUGAGGGUGGAGGUGGUGGAGGAUCCCUGUAAAUGUGAGGCCCAGCUGGCUUUCCAGAGGAAGACACAGGCAGCCAUCCAGCAGCUCACAGCCAAGCAUAUCCUUCCUGUUGUUUCAGAUGGGAGACAUUUUUGUUAG